GCUGGCACCCGGUGAUUGCCGAGUAUCUCCCUGUCAAGCUCCUGCACACUGCUUUGUAUGGCUCUGCAUAGCAGAGCCAUACAAGGCAGUGUGCUUACAGUGAAGCACACACACAGAGCACACAGUUGACCCUUUGAUCACCCCAGAUGUUAACCCCUUCAUGCCCAGUGCCAUUAGUACAGUGUCAGUGCUUUUUAUUAGCACGGAUCACUAUAUUGGUGUCACUGGGGAUGUCAGUGACACCAAGUCAGUUCCCCCCAGUGUCAGAAUGCCCGCCACAGUCCUGCAGUCCUGCUAUAAGUUGCUGAUCGCCGCCAUUGCUGAUCGCCGCCAUUACUAGAUGCCAGUAUAUAUACCGCCAUUUUGUAGACACUAUAACUUUCACAUAAACCAAUUAAUUUA